AUGGCAGAGGCUGGAACGCACUUGACGCCUGAAGAGUUUCAUUCCCGACUCCUCCAGAAUUCAGGGCAGCUGCGAUUGAUUGACGUACGCAACACCUUUGAGUACAAUGUUGGACACUUUGACGGUGCCAUUGAUCCUGGCAUGACGCACACAGCCCAGUGGCCACGGUUUGUGAAGGACAACAUUGAGGACCUUCGCGGCCAUACUGUCAUGCUGUACUGCACGGGAGGCAUCAGAUGUGAGAAGGCAUCAGUCUACUUGCGCCAGCGUUUGAAGGAGCUGGACUGCGACAGCACAACGCCAGUGUUUCAGUUGAAUGGCGGGAUUCACCGCUAUCUUGAGGCCUUCCCUGAUGGUGGUCGAUUCAAGGGCGCGAACUUUGUUUUCGACAAGCGAGCCCAGAUGCGGUCUGGUGAUGGUACGGUGGUUGGUUGCUGCUCCGAAUGCUCGCGCCCCUGGGAUACGCAUCACGGUGGCCGAGUGUGCACGGUGUGUCGGGCUUUAGUGCUCGUUUGCGACACGUGCGAUGCUCUCAGCGUCGGCGAGUACUGGUGUCCCGAGCACUCAGCGCUUCGAGGUGUUUACUUUCAUUUCCUUGACCGCUUCACUGCGGAAGAGAUGCAGUGGCAAGCGGGCAGACUGCAGGCAUUCCUUGACAAGGAGGUGGGAACCCGGCGCAAGAAUCGACGCAACACACUGAGGAAGAAACUGUCGCAGGUGCAGAGCCGAUUGGAUGAAGUCAAUCAUGGUGCCGUCCCUGUCCCUGCUCUUCGACGCUGUCGAGCUUGCGAGAGGCCGUAUGCUACGUGCCCUGGAGCUUGCUGGGGCUUUUGGAGAGCUGUGCUCCUAGAAAAACUGCAGCCUGCGAGCCUGCGACUUGCACACGCUGUGCGCUUCGACGUGGAUGGAUGUCGUUAUUUGUCUUUGCCUAAGGAUCCGGCAAGUGAAGCUGAGACAGCCCUGAAAGUGCAGCUGUCGACAGCCGCGAAAAGUAGUGAAGGCAACAUGCAGGGGUUUGGCUUCGUUUGGAUUGGCCGGAUAACGGAUACAGCUCUAGAGGAUUGA